AUGAGCUCUACAAUGUCUAUCGUAGCCAUGUCUAAUGCAGACUCCUUUCAUAAAAUGAAGAAUAUCUAUCACUUUUCCUCUUUCUCGUACAAGAGUGCAAUGGUAGUCGACGCGAGAAUGAGUUCAAAGCCUAAAAUAUUUGAGAUACUUACGCAAAGCAAUAUACACAUUCUUGGCAUAGAUUUUAAAAUCGCCUCUUUGCCUAUGCUAAACACCCUAUGGAUGAUCCUCAUUUACCUACUUUGGAAAUCUAUUAUUCGAAGGAACGACAUAGAGAAAACGGUAAGCAAACCAUGGUUCCCUGUUUCUUACCUUCAUCGUUAG